AUGCAGACUGGAAUCGUAGAUAAUCCACUCUUUGGGCUGAUGGAAACUUGCAUUCUUCGAGGUGGCCAGGUGGUGCCGUUGGUCGUGGGAAACCGCGUCCCGGGACUGGCCUUGGGUCUCGCAGAGCAAACGCACGCAACUUUAUCGUCUGCAGGUCCACCCACCCUGGGCCUUACUUUUCCUCCCCCCUUCAUCACCACGCCCGCCGAGCUCCCUCCCAGCCUCGACGUCGCACUCUCGCCAGAUCCUGCAUCAGAACCACGCCGGGCAUCAAGAACGCCGCUCAGCCGCGAGUCGACCGCUUUUUUCCCCGAGCGCGUUCGCCCACUUACACCAGUCGCGUCUCGAGUCGCGUUGAGUGCUCGCCCGCCGAACAGCCACAUACUCGACCACCGCACCCACCCCACACAACAACGCAGAACGCGACGGCCUACGCACACGAUGGCGCCUCGAUCACGGCCCAGCGCCGUCGAUACCGACGCGUCAAUGUCCGACGCCCCCGACGUGUCGCAAGCAGACGAGAUGCAGGUUGACGAGACCCCCGACUACAGCGACUCGGACACAAACCCGAAUACCACAGCCAGCAGUGUCAACGGAGACCCCGUAGACGGCCGCAAGAAGAGAUCAGAGGCCAACCUGCUACGACGAAGCAUAUUUGGCAAGAAGCACGAUGCGCUUGGCGAGUCCAAGGAAGAUGACAGCAUCCGCAGAUUCCGAUAUCUGCUGGGCCUCACAGAUCUCUUCAGGCAUUUCAUCGAGACAAACCCCAACCCCAAGAUCCGCGACAUCAUGGUCGAGAUUGAUCGUCAGAAUGAGGAGGCCGAGAAGGCCAAGAGAAAGGGUUCCCGACAAGGUGGCGCGAACACCGGCCGAGUGCGCCGUACCGAGGCCGAAGAAGAUGCAGAGCUCCUCAAGGACGAGAGGCAAGGAGGUUCAGCCGAGACCGUGUUCCGCGAGACCCCUCACUACAUCCAGGGAGUCAUGAGGGACUACCAGAUUGCUGGUCUCAACUGGAUGAUUUCACUGCACGAAAACGGUAUCUCCGGUAUCCUGGCCGAUGAGAUGGGUCUGGGAAAGACGCUGCAAACCAUUUCCUUCCUGGGCUAUCUGCGCCACAUCAUGGACAUCAAGGGCCCCCAUCUUGUCGCAGUCCCAAAGUCUACCCUCGACAACUGGAAGCGCGAAUUUGAGAGGUGGACGCCCGAGGUGAAUGUUUUGGUGCUGCAGGGUGCCAAGGACGAGCGACACGCUCUCAUCAACGAGCGCCUCGUCGAUGAGAAGUUUGACGUCUGUAUCACGAGUUACGAAAUGAUCCUCCGCGAGAAGUCGCAUCUGAAGAAGUUCGCCUGGGAGUACAUCAUCAUCGACGAGGCUCACCGCAUCAAGAACGAGGAGUCUUCCCUGUCUCAGGUCAUCCGAAUGUUCAACUCUCGCAACCGGUUGCUCAUCACCGGAACGCCCCUGCAGAACAAUUUGCACGAGCUUUGGGCCUUACUUAACUUCUUGCUACCCGAUGUCUUUGGUGACUCGGAGGCUUUUGACCAGUGGUUCUCUGGCCAGGGUCAAGAUCAGGACACCGUCGUGCAGCAACUUCACCGCGUCCUGCGCCCCUUCUUGCUUCGCCGUGUCAAGGCCGACGUGGAGAAGAGCCUGCUUCCCAAGAAGGAGGUCAAUCUGUACAUUGGCAUGUCUGAAAUGCAGGUCAAAUGGUACCAGAAGAUUCUGGAGAAGGAUAUCGAUGCGGUCAACGGUGCUGGUGGCAAGCGAGAGUCCAAGACGCGUCUGUUGAACAUUGUUAUGCAGCUCCGAAAGUGCUGUAACCACCCUUAUUUGUUCGAAGGCGCCGAGCCUGGUCCACCCUAUACGACUGACGAGCAUCUGGUUUUCAACUCUGGCAAGAUGGCGCUCAUGGACAAGCUUCUGUCGAGAAUGCAGAAACAGGGCAGUCGUGUCCUCAUCUUCUCCCAGAUGAGUCGUCUGCUGGAUAUUCUUGAGGACUACUGUGUUUUCCGAGAGUUCAAAUACUGCCGCAUCGAUGGUGGAACCGCCCACGAAGACAGAAUCGCUGCCAUCGACGAGUACAACAAGCCUGGCUCCGAAAAGUUCAUCUUUUUGCUCACGACCAGGGCUGGUGGCUUGGGUAUCAACCUGACUUCUGCCGAUAUCGUUGUCUUGUACGACAGUGACUGGAAUCCUCAGGCCGAUCUCCAAGCCAUGGACCGAGCUCACCGAAUCGGCCAGACGAAGCAAGUCGUGGUAUAUCGGUUCGUUACCGAAAACGCCAUCGAAGAGAAAGUUCUCGAGCGUGCAGCCCAGAAAUUGCGACUCGAUCAGCUUGUCAUUCAGCAAGGCCGUGCCCACCCGGGAGCUAAGGGACCAGCCGGGAAGGACGAGCUGCUGAGUAUGAUCCAGCACGGCGCGCAGAACGUCUUUCAGACCAAGGGUGCGACCGGCUUGGCGGCCAAGGGGGCAGACCUCGACGAUGAGGAUAUCGAUGCUAUCCUUGCCAAGGGAGAGAACCGCACCAAGGAAAUCAACGCCAAAUACGAGAAGCUCGGUCUCGACGACCUCCAGAAGUUCACCUCCGAGUCUGCUUACGAAUGGAAUGGCGAGAAGUUUGGAGGCAAGAAGAAGGACGCUGUCAUGCCAUGGAUCAACCCGGCCAAGCGAGAGCGCAAGGAGCAGUCCUACUCCGUCGACAAGUUCUACAGACAGGCUAUUUACGGCAACAGUGGCAAGGCCGAGUCGAAACCAAAAGCUCCGCGAGCACCUCGGCAGGUUCCCGUACACGAUUACCAGUUCUACCCCUCCAGACUGCAGGAACUGCAGGAUCGUGAGACAGCAUAUUACCGCAAGGAGAUUGGCUACAAGGUCCCUGUCGCUGAUGGCGACGAUGAGGACUUGGCUGAGCGCGAGGCACAACGAGACGCCGAGCAGCAGGAGAUCGACAAUGCAACACCCUUGACCGAGGAAGAGCAGGAAGAGAAAGCCAAGCUGUCACUGCAAGGUUUCGGUGACUGGAACCGCCGUGAUUAUCAGCAGUUCAUCAACGGCUCCGCCAAGUAUGGCAGGACCAACUACGAGAAGAUCGCCGACGAGAUCGACAGCAAGAAUCCGGCGGAGAUCAAGGCCUAUGCUAAGGUCUUCUGGCAGAGAUACACCGAGAUUGCAGAGCAUGAAAAGUCACUGGCCGUUAUCGAGGCUGGUGACGAGCGUCGAAGCAAGACGGAGCACCAACGUAAGAUGCUCCGCAAGAAGAUGCAGCAGUACCGUGUCCCGCUUCAGCAGAUGAAGAUAAACUACUCCGUGUCGACCACGAAUAAGAAGGUCUACAACGAGGAGGAAGACCGCUUCCUCCUUGUGCUCCUGGACAAGUACGGCCUUGACUCCGAGAACCUGUACGAGCGUAUGCGUGAUGAGAUCCAUGACAGCCCGCUCUUCCGCUUCGACUGGUUUUUCCUCAGCCGUACCCCUGUCGAGCUCUCUCGACGCUGUACCACACUGCUCACCACCAUCGUAAAGGAGUUCGAAGACAUCCACCCGAUGAAGAAUGGCGUCAACGGCAAAGGCAAGCGUGAAGCGGACGAUGAUGAGGACGAUGAGGAUAGCCUCCUUGGCAUGGCUCCAUCCAAGAAAAAGUCCAAGGCUGCCAAGAACAAGGCCCUCGAUAACGUCAAGGGCAGCAAAGCCAACUCGCCCUCGUCGCGCGCCUCCAGCGUAGCGUCGACGACCUCGGCCACAAAGGGCAAGGGUAAGGGUAAGAAGAAAUAA